GAGGUGGGGGACUUGCUGGUCCCCAGCAUGGCGGCCGCCUGGCCCUCCAGGCAGGCUGCUCAGGAGACGGUGGCUGCCCAGCUCCUGGGUGUCCUGUGGUUCCUGUCAGUCACCACGGGACCUUGGGGAGCUGCUGCCAUCGCCGCCGCUGGCGGGGAGGAGACGCUUAAGUGCGAGGACCUCAAAUUGGGACAAUAUAUUUGUAAAGAUCCAAAAAUAAAUGAUGCUACACAAGAACCAGUUAACUGUACAAAUUAUACGGCUCAUGUUCCUUGUUUUCCAGCACCCAACAUAACUUGUAAGGAUUUCAGUGGCAAUGAAACACAUUUUACUGGGAACGAAGUUGGUUUUCUCAAGCCUAUAUCUUGCCGAAACGUAAAUGGCUAUUCAUACAAAGUGGCAGUGGCACUAUCUCUUUUUCUUGGAUGGUUGGGAGCCGAUCGGUUUUACCUUGGAUACCCUGCCUUGGGUUUGUUAAAGUUUUGCACUGUCGGAUUUUGUGGAAUUGGGAGCCUAAUUGAUUUCAUUCUUAUUUCGAUGCAGAUUGUUGGACCUUCAGAUGGAAGUAGUUACAUUAUAGAUUAUUAUGGAACCAGACUUACAAGACUGAGUAUUACGAACGAGACGUUUAGAAAAACACAGCUAUAUCCAUAAGUAUUUUUUAAAAGAAACAAUCUGUCUCUGCCUCCGUAUCCAGGGAGGGAAAGAUCACUGGGGAGUCUGAAACCUUGAGGCAACGCGGAUACUUCUGGCACUGAUUCAGGCCUCUGAAGUGUGAACUUUUUCCUUUUUGCUUUGGGAGUGAUGCACUAGCUUUUGGAAGACCAGCUGCUGACUCGUCUAGCUCAGUGCAGUUAUAUUUGAAGCUGGAUAGACAAGGUGGGAACACCAAACAGAUGAUUAAUGUCUUCCAUCUGUUAACACUGCCAGGCAGAUGCCGGCACAAGUGCCGGACGUGGUGCACUGGUGUCUGAAGGGAAGGAAGCGGCACCUGAACGCUGGCACGGCCUCUUCUUACCGUGCUUACAAGGGUUUUGGGAAGAUGGAAAUACACGAAAUGUUAUGUGCUCAUAAUACCGCCGAGGUUUUUUUAGUAACAGGCAUAACGGCUUCACUUGCGUCCGGGCUCCCCAAGAGUAACACCAUAAUUUUUUUUAUCACUCAUAUUACUCAAAAGUAGACAGUCUAGUACAGUUGGCUUCCUAACAUGUUAGUCACUCAGCAACAGUUUCUGCAGUUGGCGGGUGAUUAUUAAGUAUUGAUAUGUGAAGUGAAUUUGGAUUGAUUCCUCAUACACACAAGGAAUGGGCCCUUUGAUUCCUUCAUUGAAAUACUGAGUGUCUACUACAUGGGAGGUACUGUUCUAGAUGCUAGGAUGCAGCAGUGAACAAAAACAUGAACAAACAUCCCCUCCCUUAAGGAGUUUACGCUCCCCUGGGAUCUGUUUUCACAAGCGAUAGUAUUUUGGGCUGCAGUUAAGCUAGCUGGUAGAUGCCCAGUUUCUAGUAUUUCCUAGUUCCUUUUGUUUGCAGACAGUGCUUUGAAGUUUAACCUCAGGAUCACCUAAGUCCAGAUUUGAAGUCUACGUUUCUCUAGCCGUGUACGGUAUGAGAAAUCCCUGCAAUCGAAGCUUGAAAAAGUCCUCUUGAUUCUUGCAUAAUUGUUCCAGUUAUUAACUUGGCCAGGGGGAAAGUCUGUUUCAAAGCAGGUGCUUCUCAAAGUGUUUAUUCAAAUAAGCUAUACUCCAAAAGGGUUGUAGGUAAAAUCUAGAAAUAAAGUCUCUUCACAGUGCAUUCUUAAGCCUGUAGACUUUAUUUUCUUUAUAAUUUCCUAAAUUUAUAUGAAAAGAACACCUCAGCUUUUCCACUUUGCUUAAUUCCCUGUUGCCUAAAAUAUGUACUUCUGUAACAAAUGGUUUUUCUGUGUCUUAUUAUUUAUUUUUUAUGUGAAUACAUUUAAUACAUGUAAUUUCAGUUUUUGUUUUGUUUUGCUUUCAUGGAGCACAUUUUAUUAUGGCUAUUUGUUAGUAGUGUCUCUAAGUACAAAUUGUAUGUUAAGGCCUCUGUAGGAGAUGUUUUAUAUAACCCUACUUUUAGAGCAGUGGCCAAAAUUGUGAGAAAUGAAUUAACUCAAUCAUUCCUUCGGUUACUCCUAAACCCUCUAGGAUGGAAUGGAAUGGAUUCUUUCAAUGCUACAUAAACAGUUAGUGUUUCUAUAGAAAUAUUUACAAAUGGUACUGCUUUAGCCUGAAAGAAUUAAUACAGUUUCCAGAAGUACCUCUUUACCCAGGAGGAUUUCUUACCUACAGUAUAUUAGAAUAAAAGAUCUUUUUAAGACUUCAAAGAUUGUGCUAUGUGUAUGGCUAGCAUCUGUUCAUGGGAUUUCUAGGACUAUAAGAAAUACCGGUUUGUGGGUGUGUUUUGUUUUUGUUUUGCUUUACAAAAAAAUGCAUGUCUUUUCUCCUUAUUUUAACCUAGAUGCUUAAGGCUAAGUUAAGUAUAUAAUACUGAUAAGCAACUAGGAAACUACAACAGAUCUAAUAGCAAGGACUAGCAAGAAGAAAAAUUAGUUCUUAAAAAGUACAAGUCUAAGAUGUUGGUUCCUCUUCCUGAUUCAAACUUCUUAACUGUAGAUGUUCCUCGGGGUUCUGACACCUUCUCCUUUUCUCCCAUUAACUCAGCAUCUAUUUUGCUUUUUUCUGUUUACAAAAUUAAUACAAACCUAAUGCAGAAAUUCUGGGAAACACCAACAAGUGCAAAGAAAAAAGCUCAUUCCAUAGCUCAAAGACAACAAUGUUAGUAUUUUUAUGUAUGUCCUAGUAGUUUUUCCAUGCACGUAUGUACAUUUUCUUCACAAAAAUGAUAUAGUACCCAUACUGUUUUGUAGCCUGCUUCUUCACAUUGUAAAGAUUUUUCUAUUUCAAUAAAUAUUCUUUUACAACACCAUU